AUGAGGAUUCGACUCGAUAACGAAUUCGAGCGUAUCUUGGGCAAAGCACUUGCGGCAGAUGCGGAAGAGGAUGACGAAGAUGAGGCACUCGAGUUCGAGCAGCAACUUGAAGCGGAGGCCGAUCGGUUUGAGCCCUCUGGUAAUAAAUCGAGCUGCUUUCCAUGGCCAAACGAGACGACACUUCGAUUGGAUGUUAUGGACAAUCUGGGUCAUUGUCGAUUCACGAGCGCGCAGAUAUCGCUGAUUCUGCAUAUCAUGAAGCGGCUGGGGGUCAAGGAUUCAAGAUUGUCUCCGCCCAAGGAAACAUAUUCUAUCAAUUUCUAUGUCACCAAUCUUCGCCACACCAUCGCCCGCAACUUUGCCAAUCCACUCGUUGCCCCCCAUCUGAGUCUCUACCCUGAGGAGGUUGUUAAUGGGCUAGUUUCGGAAAGAUGGCAGGCGGAACGCGCCUUGGAUUACACGCCUGAGCAGCUGACACCAAUGUUUUCGGAUGGUCGGUGCCGCUGGUGGGCAAAUGAAGUCGCUCCCUUGCAUGACGGUCGGUUUGUCAUCCCCAUUGCCUGGAUUGCACGGCGAGGAAGGCUUAUAGUGGAUGCGCUGCUCGUUACUCGAGUCUCUGAUGGGGACCGGUGGGAGUGUCGAGGGAAAGAAGAAGAGAUUGAUGUCAGCCAAUUACAGGCUGACUUCGAUGAUCUCAUCACGGAAUUCGGUCCUGAAUUCACUUGGACCGCUGAAUUGCAGGAAUUUGUGCCAGCAAUGCCAAAUCCUUACCGAAAGCUCAGCGGAGACCGCAAUAAAUCCAAGCAGUACAACAAGUUCCUUGUGAUGGUUAUGCAAAACAUGUCGCUGCCCAGUGUCCUUCUCAAGCAAGAGUUCCAUGUCCACUUCUGUGGGGCAUCGCAACAUGUCACCACAGCCGAGUUGAAUGCAGUGCUUUGGGACUUUGUCCAGGGUACCGAGCGCGACCCAAUUAUUUGCUUCAAUGCAUCCACCCAUUGCGAGGCUGCCGUGAUCAUUCGUGUGCAUGACAAGAAUGCAGACAAUCCUCAACAAUCGGAGGAGGCGAGCCACAUUGGGUGCAAUGGAACCCAUCCAUGCCGAAAAUGCAAGUGGGGUGGGUCGAAGAUUAAUCAAGUCCAAGAUGCUGUCUAUCAUGCUUGCCAUAGUCCCAGCAUUGCUCGAACCGCAGAUGAAAUUCGAGCUGAGCUACAUCAUCAACUCUCCCUCGCAGCAAAGGGCAGUGCUGCAGCCAUAGAAACACGCCAGAAGGAGACAGGGACCAAGGAUAAACUCACCCAGUAUUGGAUUGAGCGGACACUUGAACGAGUAUCCCAGUUGAAGAGUGAGAAUCCGAGGAGUUCCGCCAAAACAAUUGCCAUGGAAGCACAGAAUUGGCUAGCAGAGCAGCCCGGAGACAAAAUGAAUCCAUUGCUUGAUAUAAUUGGCCUCGAUCCGGCUCGUGACAUGCCGAUAGAGAUCCUCCACACUGUCCUGCUUGGUGUUAUUAAGUAUAUUUGGCACCAUCUGAACACACAGAAAUGGACCGAUGCAAACCGGCAUCUCCUUGCCAUCCGUCUCCAAUCAACUGACAUCACCAGCAUGAAUAUCCCGCCAAUUCAUGGGGCGUAUAUGAUUCAGUAUCGCAACAAUCUGAUUGGGAAACACUUCAAGACGAUUAUGCAAGUACUCGUGUUUCACAUUCAUGAUCUCUGCAUGCAAGAGCAAUUUCAGCUUGUCAAGGCGGCAGCUGAUCUUGGUGCACGCGUCUGGGUAUCGGUCAUCGACAACAUGGAAGAGUACAUUGCAGAUCUCAAGACCGCCAUCGCAAACCUCCUCGAUGCAUGGGACAGUGUUGAACCCCUCAGGAUUCUCACCAAAAUCAAGCUUCACCUCCUUCCCCACCUUCCUGAUGAUAUACAGCAGUUCGGCCCGGCUGUGCGAUUCUUGACAGAGACACAAGAGUCGUAUAAUGCCGUUUUUAGAAUGUGCUCAAUCAAUGGUAAUCACCAAGCACCCAGUUGCGAUAUCGCAGUCAAGUUUGCAAGCAUGAAUAAUGUGAAACACGCACUCUGUGGUGAAUGGUGGGAAUCUGCCGCCACAACAACGGAGGCUCAGGAGUGGGUUCAACCAGGUGAUGGAGUCAAGAAACUUAUGCUUGAUGAUUCGGUUCUUCAGCGACAUCUUGGCUGGGUGACUCAUUGUGCUCCGGUUCCUGGAUUUGUCCGCCUAUUGGGGUUGGAAGAGUUUCCCGCCAAGCCGUGGCACCAAACGAUCGCAUCACAACACUGGAAGACAGGAAAUCAGCCUAUUUCGGAAGGCAUGUGGCGUGAAGGACUUUCCGCCACCUGUAAAACGGGAGAUGCUGUCAAAAUCAAUGGGUGGGCCUUUGUCCGUGAGUCAGAAACCAAGGUGGCGCUGGGACAAGUCACCGAAAUUCUCUUGGGACACAAUGGCCAGGCCUGGAUUUGUCUUCAGCAGUUUGUCUGCACUGAAACACGACACCCCGAAUUUGAUUGGCUGGUUGUACAGCCACCGCUUGGGCACAAGAUUGUCGAACAACAGCUGACAUCAUUCCUUGUGGUUCCCGGAACUGCAAUGGAAUUUAGCUGUUCAGUUCAACAUGACUGCCGGAUGGGACACUGUCAGCCAGCCGUUGUUGCGAAGGAACGGCAAGAGCGCCAAGACACCACACGAGACAUCAGCUUGGUCAGACAUGGUGAUGACGAGAAUUUUGUCUUGAAUUUGGGGUCUGUGCAUAACUUUGUAGAACUCACCCGGGUCCUUCCACGCAAUCUCUGGAAGCUCAAUGCACUUCACGACAAUCACUUACUGUUUCACACUCAAAUGGCUGUCAAGGCAAGAGCUUCUCGCUUGAUAGCCCGCGAGAAAACAGCGGAGAAACAACGAGCAACAGCUGCAAAGAAGAAAGAGCAGGCAGAGGAGGCUGCCCAGAAAGCACAGAUGGUUGAUAGUGAUGGGUCUGAGUCCGACUUAUCAGAGGAACAUUCAGAGGUGGAUGAUGAAGAUUUUGUUCUGAAAGGUGUGGGGCGGAAACGGGCUAGGAAUAAUGCAAAGGGAACGGAUGGUAUGACAGGGAAGCGGUUGAAAAGGGGCUAG